AAGUGCGAAUUCCCUUACUUAAGCGUUACUUGCUUCCCCCUCCCCCUCCCGCUGCGCGUUGACGAUUCGAACCUCGUGUCGAUCCACUGGUGGGUGCUCCAAAGGCCACAGAGUCGCAGAGCGCUUGGUAGCAUCGGACGCCGCCGCGCGCAGCAACUCCAAGCCCCGAAGACAGCGCAGCGCUCGCCUGCGCCCAAGCGUAUCAAGCCACUUUCAUCCAACCAGGUACGGCUUGCACCCCCGACAAGUCGCUAUUUAUAGCUUGGAGAGGUCUGUGCCCCUUCAGGCCCAAGAGCUAUUUUUAGCUUCAGGGUGACGCGCCCAGCGUCUG